AUGAAGCCGGGCAAAGGGCUGAUCCCACGUCGUAUUGCUCCUGCUGCUGCUAUUCUAGGUGAGGCUUCGUGCGACAAAGUUUAUGGAGUAGAGGCUGGAGACACUUGCUCGUCUGUGGUUGAAAAAUUUGAGCUGAAUCAAGACCAGUUCUUGGGCAUCAACCCUAAUAUGAACUGCGAUUCUAUCUUUGUCGGACAAUGGCUCUGCAUUUCUGGCACCGCAUGA